CAAAAAUAAUCGUAUUGAUUGGAGCCCGGUACAAGCUGUGCAGCCGACUGGACUUCACCCUCUGCACUGCUGCGCUGGCUGACGCGACUGGUCAAUUUUGAUCGAUACUUGUCCCAAGCUGGAGCUGUCAUAGGUGGAAGCUGUAUUCUCACAAUGGGGCGAUUUGGCUCGCAAACAAGCACUUAUAACAGGCUUGUGUCCAUCUUUGUCGCGGUUGGAUCGCUGACCUACGGUUAUUGCGCGUCCAUUAUCAGUAGUACUAUCGGACAGCCGGGAUGGUACACCUACUUCGAUCUUCCCGUGGAAGGCGAGCCCGGAUAUGACUCGACCACAACCCCUACAAUUGCUACCGCCAAUGGUGUCUUCAGCGCUGGCGGUGCCGUUGGCACGCUGUUUCUGAUGUGGGCUUGUGGUUACUUUGGUCGCAAGGUCAAUAUUCAGCUGGGCGCAUUUUUCUCCCUGUUUGGAGGUGCACUUCAAGGAGGCGCGAACUCGCUCAAAAUGUUCCAGGCAGGCCGAUUUAUCUGCGGUCUAGGCAUCGGUAUCCUGGUGACCGUCUGUCCUAUGUAUCUCUCUGAGAUGUCAAGCGCAUUUCGUCGUGGCUGGCUUGUGGGACACCAUGCAAUCUUCUUGGUCUUCGGAUACAUGCUGGCGGGCUGGGUUGGCUUUGCCUGCUACUACGCCGAGGGAAAGCUAGGCACAUUCGGAUGGAGGUUUCCUCUGUGCCUGCAGUGUUUGCCACCGCUGGUCCUGCUUGCAGGCUCGCCGUUGCUGCCUCGAUCCCCCCGCUGGCUGAUCUCUAAGGGUAAGGAUGAAGAGGCUAGAUUGACUCUAGAAAAGCUACGCAAGUCUCCUGACGACCCCGAUAACCUUGUUGCGAAGGAAGAAUACUACCAGAUGAAGGAACAGAUCCGCCUGGAGGCUGAGAAGCUUUCAGCGUACGGAAAUGUUUGGAAUGCAGUCAUUAAGAAACCUUCAUACCGGAAGCGGAUGAUUAUCGGCUUCCUCACACAGUGGGGUGCCGAGUUUGGUGGUCCACUGAUUAUUAACAACUACGCUGUCAUACUCUACCAAGGUCUCGGCGAAACUGGCAGUAUGCCCCUGCUUCUCAGCGCCGUUUGGCUGACUACAGCUGGUGUGAUCUAUAACCCCCUUGGCGCAUGGCUGCACGACAAGGUCAACUCUCGCCGCGGCAUGUACAUAACCGGCUUUGUCGGCAUCAUCAUAACCACAUCAAUCCUGGCUGCCAUGACAGCCGAAUACGCCGGAACUACGAACCGAGGAGGAAACGCCGUGGGUAUCCUCAUGAUGUACCUUUACCUUGCUUUCCAGGGCACAUGUUGCGACACAACCAUGUAUCUCUAUGUGUCUGAGAUCUUCCCAACAGAGAUUCGUCCCAUUGGGAUGGGAUUCUCACUGUUCGGCCAGUUUGCCGCCACCCUGAUCCUCCUGCAAACUGCCCCAAUUGGCUUUGCAAACUCCGGAUGGAAAUACUACCUGGUUAUUAUCUUGUGGUCGUUCUUCUUCAUUUUCGUCAUCUAUUUCUUCUUCCCUGAAACUGCUCGUCUUACUCUGGAAGAGAUCGCCAAGAACUUCGGUGAAGAGGUUGCCGUUAAUCUAACCGAGGCCACUGAUGAAGAAAGAGCACGAAUUGAGCAGGUUGUCGUUCAGCCAGACCCCAGGAAAAUCGAGUCAACCACGGCAGACGGGGCUGCUUCUUCAAAUGCAGAGCCAGUCAAACAAGGCUAAAGAACAAACACUAACAGCAACGUUGGGUUGCCCAUAGCUUAUGGGUCUUCCCGUUCCGGUUCUAGUUUCUCGAUGGUCCAGGCAAUCAUAGUCCGCUGGCCCUAUGAUAUGGUAUAUGUUCUCUUGAUGAUGCGUCACAAACCGGUUUUGUUCCACAUCUAUGAAACAGCUCCUUGUGGUAGUAGACAGGCAAAGGCGUGCUUGCUACCGGGAAUAGCUUUCUGAUACUUAAUACAUAGACGAAUGAGGCAUGCAAAUAGUA